AGGCCGGACGGCCCGGGCGCCGGCCAGGAGAGCGCGAGGCUGCAGGAGGCCGGCGGCGUUCUCAAGCUUUUCCCUCCGCGGGGCGGCUCCCCUUUACCCUGGGCACCUGGCUCUGUGUUUGAUGAAACUUUCCAUGGCGGCAGGCAGGCAGCCCGAGCCUCCCGGGGGCAGGAAAUGGCCGCAGGACUCCACAGCUGGACAGUUCGCCCUUUUCUCACUCCCCACGCGCUCCUCCCCCUCCGCGGUCCCUAACCCUGGGGCCCCGACUGGGACCGUGGACCCUUUCCAGGAGUACUGGGGAAGCUCUGCAAGGGCUCCGACCCGCUGGCCCAGAGCCCGCAUGGGCACCCACAGAGCCGCAGGGCCCGGGUCCGCCAGCAGAUCACCAAGGAGCUGCGGAUGCGGACAGGCGCCGAGAACCUGUACAGAGCCACCAGCAACGCCUGGGUCAGGGAGACGGUGGCCCUGGAGCUGAGCUACGUCAACUCCAGUCUGCAGCUGCUCAAGGAGGAGCUACAUGAGCUCAGCGGCGGCCGUGUGGAGGCCGACCGGCCCGAGGGCGAAGGCAUCACUGUCCCUAUGAUCCCCCUGGGGCUGAAGGAGACCAAGGAGCUGGACUGGUCCACACCCCUGAAGCCCUUCUCCAGGGGCCCAGGGCUUCCCUUCCACUCCCCGUCUUUGCCUGCGUGGGGCAGGGGGACCAGAGAAGCCUGGCACCUGCCCCUCCCCUACCAGGAGCUGAUCUCUGGGCACUUUGGAGAGGACAGCGCCUCCUACGAGGCCGAAAUCAGGGAGCUGGAGGACCUGCGGCAGGCCGCCCGGACCCCCAGCCAGAGUGAGGCGGGCCUGGGGCCACUCAUGGCCUACUACAACCAGCUCUGCUUCCUGGACGCACGCUUCGUCGCCACUCCCGGGAAUCUCGGGCUGCACUUCCACUGGUAUGACUCGCUGACAGGGGUCCCAGCCCAGCAGCGGGCCCUGGCCUUCGAGAAGGCCAGUGUGCUUUUCAACAUCGGGGCCCUGCACACCCAGAUUGGGGCUCGCCAGGACCGCUCGUGCCUCGAGGGCACCCAUCAUGCCAUCGAGGCCUUUCAGAGGGCUGCCGGUGAGGGCGGGCCGCGGUCAGGGUGCCUCUGGGGCAUGUGGGGGCGGGGCCGGUGGGAUGGCCCCUGCUGCUCCCGGAUCCCCCCUUCCUGGGGGUGUGGCCGGGCUGUCCUGCCCGCCUGCUGUGAGCGCCCCUCCGCAGGGGCCUUCAGUCUCCUGAGGGAGAACUUCUCCCGAGCGCCCAGCCCUGACAUGAGCCCAGCCUCGCUGUCCAUGCUGGAGCGACUUAUGACAGCCCAGGCCCAAGAGUGCGUCUUUGAGGGUCUCCUGCUCUCAUCCCCUGAAGGCCCCCAGGAUUGCUUGGCUCAGCUACGCCUGGCUCAGGAGGCUGCCCAGGUGGCGGCCGAGUACAGGCAGGUGCACCAGACCAUGGCCCAGCCACCUGUGCGGGACUACGUGCCCUUCCCCUGGACCACCCUGGCACACGUCAAGGAGGAAUACUUCCGCGCCCUGGCCCAUUACCACGCGGCCAUGGCGCUCUGCGACAGUCCCCCAGCGGCCGAGGUGGACUUCCCCAUGCGGCAGCAGGCCUUACGUGGGCACCCGGCCGCAUCAGAGCCAGAGCCGUGGGGCACUGGGCUGCCCCAGAAGCCGGAGGAGCGCAGGAAGCUGGGCAAGGCCCACCUGAAGCGCAGCAUCCUGGGCCAGGAGGAGGCCCUGCGGCUGCACGCGGUGGGCCGCGCCCUGCGCACGGUCGACCUGCUGCAGGCCGUGCUGACCCAGGCGCUGAGGCGCUCCCUGGCCAAGUACUCGGAGCUCGACCUCGAGGACGACUUCCUGGAGACCACUGAGGCUCCCGACAUCCAGCCUAAAACACAGCAGAAGCCGGAGAUCAGGGCGCCCAGCUUCUCCAGGGUGAAGGUGACCGAUAUCUUUCAGCGGCUGGGGCCCCUGUCCGUGUUUUCAGCCAGGAACCGCUGGCGGCUGGUGGGGCCCGUCCACGUGACCCGCGGGGAGGCGGGCUUUGGCCUCACACUGCGCGGGGACGCGCCUGUCCUCAUCGCGGCCGUCAUCCCAGGGGGCCCGGCGGCGGCAGCUGGCCUGCAUGAGGGCGACUACAUCGUGUCCCUGAACGGGCAGCCGUGCAAGUGGUGGCGGCACGCCGAGGUGGUGGCGCAGCUGAGGGGCGUGGGUGACGAGGGUGUGAGUCUGCAGGUGGCCACGCUGCUGCCCAGGGCGGAGCCCCCCGGCACGCAGGGGCACCAUCGGCCGGCCCUGGGGGCGCUUCUGAGGAGCCAGAAGGAGUGUGACUGGGGGGCGCCCACUCCCGCACGGGCCGGCCUCAGGCCCUUCCUUGGCCGGAGCCGCAACGCCAGGAGGAGCCAGGCCAGAGGAAGGCUGUCCCCGCAGCCCUGAGCCGUGGGCCACGCUCCCCCUCCGAGCGCCCGCCCCACACCCCCGUGUGCCUCCCUCCAGCCUGAGGGAACUUCAGGCCAGUUUGCUGCGCUUCCCACCCCCAGUGCUGCCAUUAAAGACCAUGUCACAUGA